AUGCUUGCGAACGGCUCGUUAGUGCUAUGGAUGGUAAGAUGAAACGUUUUACUUUGGAUUUGUCCCAGCUAGCCAGCAAGUUCAUGUAUUGUUUGAUGUUAUUUUUCAGACGUUUUUGUUCUUCGUCCAAGGGCUAAUGCAGACAACUGGCAAUGGUCUCGUUUAUGCAGGUUGGAGUCCUUUCCCAAAUGCUUUUAGUCAUGGUCUUAGUCAGCUAGUCUGGACAUAUUUUUUUCAAAUCUUGUAGCAACGGAUUUCACUAGAAACGGAAUUCCUUCCUACCGUCACCACCGUUUAAAAAUACAAUUUAGGACCUUACCUUUAUUUACCUUUUUCUUCAAUCUCACCCAUCUUCAAAAGACGUGAAAAGGGUUGAGAAUCUUCUAAACAUUUUCCCCAGGUGUUUAGGUUUAGGCAGAGACCAGUCGCUGCAAUCCGUACGUAAUGAAUGUUGAUUUAACUCGGUAUCAUACGCAGUGAGUUUGUAUCUUUGAAGUAAAACGGUAAAUUUGAAAUUUUUUACUAUCUUUCUGUGAGGCUCGAUUUGAUUCAUGAUUUCAACUAUGACUUAUGGAACCAAAGAGUUGUCGAUCGAAUAGGAUACUCUGAAAUCGUGAAAUCGGAAUUAUCCUAUUGCCCCUUUAACGGCUGGUUACUUUCGAAUAAACGUCUUCUAAAAGGACUAAUUGAAUUUUUGGUCUCUCUUUUUCUAAAUUAUCGUUCCAAGUUCCAAGCAAAGUAGAUUUUGAACUCUUUUCCCUUUCUUAUCCCAAAAUAUAAAAAAUAAAAAAAGCAGGGGGAAAACCAAGCUAUUCUUUCUGAGAAUUCUCAAACAUGUUAAAUGUUGCUCCCCAAAUUUUUAUCUUAGACAUAGUUAAUAACAAAAUUUUUUUUCCUUUUUUUUUGUUUUUUUUUUGUUUUAAGAUCGCGAAAGCGGGCUCCAUCGAGAUAGAUUUUACGUUUUCUUGAGAAUUUGGGGAGAAGCCCUUAAUGAAAAGCAUCCUGAGGGCAUAUUGUUUACAAAAAUUAUUACUUCAAACUUUCUUAAUAUGUUUGACACUAAUCUGUAAACUAGUCAGCAGGGAAGAACAAGCAAGUCCAAGAAAGUUAUGUGGAACGCUUCGACUAUUUACAAAUGGAUCUAGUAAAUCAGCUAUGAUGAAAUGUUUUUCCAGUUUUCCUCAACUUUAAAAGCAUCUUAAAAUUCAGUGUCGAUUAAUAUUGUACACAUCACGAGGAAAAACUGUGCAUUCCCACAACUUACGCACCUUUAGUUUUGCUUUGCUCCUCUCUUCCCCAUACAGUCUGCUUAUACUUUCCUGUUAAUGAACUUUGCAUCGGUGGUCGUUUCCAAAAAUGAAAAUUUAAGAAUUUCUCUUCAACAAAAAUGACCGCACCACUUGAAUAUAUAUAUAUAUAUGCAUUUUGUUACUAUUCAAUUUGACUUAGUUAACAGGAACCACUCAAUGAAAAUCUGAUCAUAAGGAAACAAGUAAAGCACCAUAACAUUGCUUGAGAUAGACAUAGACCUCCUUAACUGAAGAGAAACAUUGAGAAAUAAUAUUAAUAAUAAAAAAUUGUGGAAGACCGGGUACAUUUUUCAAAAAAUAAAGAAAAAAAAACUAAAUUGAAACUGCAAAAACUACUAAUAUUGUGGACUAACUAGUAUUUAUUUUUCAGUUCAUCCAUGCACAAGCAAUCCAUGCAAAAAUGGAGGAUCCUGUGUACAAAAGCCUGAUAACAGUUACAUUUGUCAGUGUCACGGUGCAUAUAAUGGAGAUAACUGUGAUAAAGGUAAAGUCACCAAUCACAUUAUUACUGAUGAUGGGCAAUGUACUUCCAACAUAGAAUAAUCACAUGAAACUAGCAAGUGCCAAAACAAGUGCCAAACCUGUUGGCUAUUCUUGAAAAAAAAUAGGAAUGAAAGUUUGAACCUAAUUCAGCAGGAGAAGUCAAGUCUAGUAUUGAAUCCCUGAUUUUUGCGGUUUAACAUUUUUCACUCGAUGAAAUAUGUCUAAAGUAAUCUAUUACAUAAAUCUUGUCAAUGUUAUCUUUAUUUUUAAUUAUGCUAUAGAUUGCAAUGAUCCACUGGGCAUGGAGGACAGAAUAAUACUAAAUUGGCAACUUUCAGCCUCCACGAAAUGGGGGAACUCACAUGGACCCAGGAACGGGAGGCUGAAUUUUGAAGGAGAUGGUGUGAAUGAAGGAGGAUGGGUGGCUGCUGUACAUAAUACAGACCAAUGGUUCCAGAUUGAUUUGCUUACCUACUCCACUAAAGUUACACGAGUGGCAACGCAAGGGAAGGCGGAUUCCCCUCAGUGGGUUAAAAGCUACAAAGUACAGUAUGGUGACGAUGGAGUAACUUUUGAACACUACAAGGAGCAGGGAAUUGCUGCAGAUAAGGUAGGCUGGGCAUAA